AUGCUGCUGGCAAACAUUACCGACGGGGCCGUCUCGACCCACACCAGCGUUGAUCCUAGAAGACUCGGCCUUGACAUCACAUCGGGACUCGGCGCGCUCCAUGCUCAUGGUGUGGUUCACGGGGAUCUAAAACCCAACAAUAUCCUCGUCUUCAACGAGUGGGGCCGGGGAUACACCGCCAAGCUUGCCGAUUUUGGAUCGGCCAUACUACUCAGCGAAACCGAAUUUCCGUGCCGGGCACCUCCUGGAACUAGAGUAUACCGCGCUCCUGAAUGCUCGGAUGACUCUGCCAGCCACAUGGGCUACAAUGGCUGCUCAUAUGAAAAUGAACCCCUCGCGGCAUCCCGGGACGAAGAGCUCCAGUGGCUGACGGCGGCUUCACGGGCAGGGAGUUCCAUCGCCCAGCGACGAUUUCGGGAUUUGGAUAAAGAGGGCUUCGCCACCACGAUGCGCAGCGUGCGACAGGCCGGCCGCUUGAUCGAUGUCGCUUACAGCUACCUUCACGAGUCGGCCAUCACUGGUAAUGUUGAGCCCCUGUCUAAAGUUCCGCCAGAAUUGCCUUCGGGCAUUUACGAAUAUGAGAAUUUUCUCGGCGAAACAGCUCUCGUCGUAGCUUGCAGGGGAGGACAUACAGCCGUGAUGGAGAUACUACUUAGCCGCGGAGCAAAUGCGGCCCAUGAAACGGCACGCGGUGUCACGCCCCUUCACUUCCUCGCGGCGUUCGAUGAUGAUGAUAUCCCUAGAGUGAUAUCGGCUUUGAUACAGCACGGGGCGGAAGUUGACAGGAUAUGCAAGCGGGAGCUGAUAUACAAAGAGCUUUUCGACAGCCCAUUCGGGCAAAUCGCGGGCACUCCUCUAGCCUGGGCAGUUGCGGCCGGGAAUCACUGCGCCGUUCAGGCUCUCUUGGCCCGAGGAGCUGAUCCAUUCACCAUGGAGCGAUAUUCACCCAGGUAUAGCGGUUUCGAUUUCGGAGAAUCACCCAUCACGAGGGCAGCAGCCUCUCAUCAAUUUGAGGUACUCAAUACACUUAUUAACACAUCAAGCAACGGCGUUGACCUCCGUAAGCGUUUCAUUACUAAGUGCGCCGUGGCUCAUGGGCAGGGAUUUCAGGUGUUCUCCCACGCGCUAGACUGCCAUUCGAGCUUCAGAUUCCGGGAAUACGUACUUCACGGAAGAGAGUACCAGCAGAUGGCGUCAUUGUGCCUGAGCCUCCUCGUCGAGUCCGGCAUGGACCUUGUCCGAUUCACGAAACUCUCCCAGCCUGGUAGAGGCAGCAAAAUAACUCACCCAAUUGCGAGCGCCUGCGCGUCAUGUAACAUUGCCAUUCUCCGCUAUUUAUGGGACUACCAGAACGGAAUUCUUAGACCCACGCCGGAGAUUUGGGUCAUUGGUCUAUCUAUUCUCGUCUUCGAAGGUUUUAAGGAAGGCUUUGACUUCCUGAUCGACUCUCGAGGCGAUGUCACGGCAGAUAUUGACUUGGACGUGAGAGCCAUUGAGAAGAUUCUUUCUUUAACCAAUGAUCCGUAUUUCACAACUGGGAUUCUUCGACUCCUCCAGAGGCCUGGAAUAGCGCUUUUGUCUGCAGACGCGUUUCGGAUAUUCUAUGCCGCUAUCACGACGGAACACUUCGAAGUUGCAAGGCGGAUUCUUUUGACAUAUAAAGUCAACCCUGCCAGAAGAAGGGCCGGUAAUACGCUCCUAUAUGACCUCAUCAAUAGGUCCUACGAUAUUCCGAACAUGGAGUCUAAGAUCUCCUUUAUCUUGUCCCUUCCCUUAGUAAAGGAUAUACUGUUUUGGAAUAUCGGCUAUUUUGAUCACAUGGGUGCGACGGCCCUAUAUUGUGCGGCCUCUUUGCCAUCUGAAAAGCGUCCUGCGAGCCCCGGUGUGUUCGAUAUUGUUAUCGAGAAUUUUAGCGAUCCGAGGUAUUUGAAUGCCCAACUCCAAGGCCAUCCGAGCGAAAGAAGGGCAGGGUAUACCGCGCUCCAUAUCGCUGUGGAGCGUAGCAAUUUCGAUGCUGUGGCGAGGCUGGUAGAGAGACCCGGUAUCGAGAUGAAUCUGAAGUCCUCUGAAGGGUUAACCCCCAUCGACAUAUGUGUCGGAAUUUACCUGGAGCUAGAGCGGAUGGGGUCCCGUAUGGACAAAACCCAGACGAACCGGAGUACAGCCAACAUGAGUAUCAUUGAUCUAUUAAUUAACGCAGAGAACGAAGGUCGAAUCUCGAAAUAUUCUACCCUGCUUUUGAGGAGAACAGAAGACGAAUUCACGUUGGUGGAUGCCUUGAAAGGCAAGCUGGACGGAGUUACACUUCGAGGUGAAGUCUAA